AUAAACAAGAGGACAAAAAAUUUUCCAUUUUCACAUUUUCAUCUGAAUUAUCUGGAAAACGUGCAUUUAAAUCCCUUUCCCGGUAGAUGCUCGUGCCAUUCAACACGCCGAACGUCGUUGACUCUCUCGCAGAACCUUAAUUGUCGUCAUCAGAUGCGGCUUUCGUGUCGUUUUGUCUGAAAAAAAAGUAGUACGGGUGGUAAUUUUACACGGCAUUUCUCGUGACAUUCCGCUAAAAAUUAAAAAAUCAAAAGAAAAAUGGGAGUCGCUAGACGAAAAGAGGAUCCACGACUCGAUGAACUAAUUCAGUACGUGACGCUGCACAAAUUGAACCACUUGGCAUUUCAAGCGACACUAUCGCCAUUCCUUUUUGCGAUCGGAGGACUUUUUUACAUUUGGUUCUUCGUCUACGGGUUUGAGGAAUUUUACGAAGCUGGUCUCGUGUCACUCGCUGCCACGGGAUGUUUGGAAGUGCUCUUAUGCCUUUGCUGCUAUUGGAGUGUUCAUAUUAAUACUUUUCUGAAUUGCCGGAGGGUGAAAGAACCUGAUCCCCAAACAAUCGCAAAAGUCGUUCCCACCCCAAACAACGGAUCAUCAGAGCUUGUUCGUGUCAAACGCUCCGUCAUCGAUGGAAAAAAUAUUUAUUGGUUCAUCUUCCAAAAGUUAAAAUACACCUGGGAUGCCGACAAAAAACAAUUUCGCGGAGUAGACUUCCCCAUAAACGAACCUCUGGAGAAAUAUUACAACGCCAAAGGACACGAAGAUGAGAAAGAAGUUGAAAUCGCAGAACGAACUCUCGGCAACAACAAAAUGGAAAUGGUCGUUCCCGAGUUCAUUGAACUCUUUAUCGAACGCGCCACUGCCCCCUUCUUCGUUUUUCAAAUAUUUUCCGUCGGUUUGUGGUGCUUGGACGAAUAUUGGUACUACUCACUCUUCACGCUUUGCAUGCUGAUUGUCUUCGAAUGCACUUUGGUGCAGCAACAACUCCGAAAUAUGGCUGAAAUCCGUAAAAUGGGCAACAAACCGUACUCCAUCAGUGUUUUUCGCAAUCGCAAAUGGCGUCCCAUCAUGUCAGACUUGCUCGUGCCCGGCGAUUUAAUUUCCAUCACUCGUUCCGCGAACGAUGCUUUGGUACCGUGUGACGUUGUUCUGCUACGGGGGAGUUGUAUUGUCGACGAGAGCAUGUUAACGGGCGAAUCUGUGCCCCAAAUGAAAGAAUCCUUGGAAAAUACGGACGAUUUAUCGCGCGAAUUGGAUCCCGAAGCGGAAGGAAAACUUUUUGUGCUGUUCGGCGGUACCAAAGUCGUGCAACAUACACCUCCGAGCAAGGGAGCGAUGCGUGCACCGGACAACGGAUGCAUUGGAUACGUCCUCCGAACGGGUUUUAACACGUCACAAGGCAAACUGAUGCGAACAAUUCUCUUCGGAGUGAAGCGAGUGACAGAAAAUAACGCAGAAACCUUCGCUUUUAUCCUGUUUCUGCUCAUUUUCGCACUUUCUGCUGCAAUUUACGUCUGGAUCAAGGGCACGGAGGACCCGGAACGCAACAAAUACAAACUUUUCCUCGAAUGUACGCUCAUACUUACCUCAAUUAUCCCACCGGAUCUACCCAUCGAGCUGUCAUUAGCCGUUAACACCUCGUUAUUGCAACUUUCGAAGCUGUUUGUCUUCUGCACGGAACCUUUUCGCAUCCCAUUUGCCGGAAAAGUGCAAAUUUGUUGCUUCGAUAAGACCGGAACACUUACGAGCGACAAUUUAGUUGUCGAAGGCGUUGCCGGAUUGAAGAAAGAUUGUGCUUUAAUGACAAUUUCUGAAGCCCCAGAGACCGCAAUUCAAGUUCUCGCUACUUGUCAUUCGCUGGCGCAGCUCGAUGACGGUCUCGUUGGCGAUCCCUUGGAAAAAGCAACACUGACAGCGAUCGAUUGGACCUUAACGAAGCAAGAUUCGGUCGUUCCAAAACGCGGAAAAUUCAAACCGCUCCGAAUUCAUCAAAGAUUUCACUUUUCAUCGGCACUUAAGAGGAUGUCAGUGCUUGCGGCAUACAACACUCCAUACUCGAACGAGACAAAUUUCGUGGGGACCGUCAAAGGAGCGCCCGAAAUUUUGAUGAAAAUGUUGAAAGAAGUCCCCAAAGACUAUGAAACGACAUAUUUGGAAUAUUCGCGGAGAGGAGCUCGUGUUUUGGCAUUAGGGAUUCGCGAUUUUGGGCCCUUGGACCAUCAAGCACAGCGAAAUCUCAAGCGGGAAGAUGUCGAAAAGGACUUGACUUUUGCGGGUUUUGUCAUUAUUUCGUGUCCUUUGAAGCCGGAUUCGAAAGCUGUCGUCAAAGAAAUUAUGGGGGCGUCUCAUAAAGUAGUUAUGAUCACCGGAGACAAUCCAUUGACCGCAUGUCAUGUCGCCAAGGAGCUCAGAUUUGUGAGGAAAAAGCAACUUUUGGUUCUGACAUCGAAUGAGGAAAGUUACAGCUGGGAAACGAUCAAGGCAGAUAUGAAAAUUGAGAUCAAUGAUAAGGAAAAUACGAAGGAAUUUGUCAAAACUUACGAUUUGUGUGUCACGGGCGACGGUUUGCAGUAUUUAAAUACCAAUCAUCACGAUUAUUUGAUGAAAAUCCUGCCGUAUGUCACGGUUUUCGCGAGAUUUGCUCCAAAACAAAAGGAAUUUGUCAUCACAACACUCAAGCAACUCGGAUUUUAUACUUUGAUGUGUGGCGAUGGCACAAAUGACGUUGGCGCACUCAAGCACGCCCAUGUCGGGGUCUCAAUUUUGAGCAAUGCGCCCCUUAAACACCCAUCCGAGAAGAAAAAAGAGGAAAAGGAGAAGAAAAAAGACGAUGAAACCCCGGCUGCGGCAUUGGCAGCUCAGGCAAACUUGUCGCCGCGCGAACGACAAAUCCUCAAACAUCGCGAAAACCUCAAAGCGCAACAAGAUAAACUCCAGAAAGCGUUGCAGCAACUCGACGAGGAGCAAAUUCAGAUUGUCAAGUUGGGAGAUGCGAGUAUUGCGGCGCCAUUUACGAGUAAAUUGUCGUCCAUCACGUGCGUGAAUCAUAUUAUCAAGCAGGGACGCUGUACGCUCGUUACCACAUUGCAAAUGUUUAAAAUUUUAGCGUUAAAUGCGCUAAUUUCGGCGUAUUGUCAGUCCGUGUUGUACAUUGAUGGAAUUAAAUUCAGCGAUACGCAGGCGACGUUGCAAGGAUUGUUGAUUGCGGCGUGUUUUCUGUUCAUUACGAGAUCGAAACCGCUGAAAGUGCUGUCGAAACAAGCGCCGUUGCCGAAUAUUUUUAAUUGGUAUACGAUUACGACGAUUUUGACGCAGUUUGCGGUGCAUUUUACGGCCUUGAUCUAUCUCGUGCAUGAAGCGAACUUGAGAGCGCCGCCACGUGAAGGAAAAGUCAAACUUAAUGUAGAUAUGGCACCUGAUGAAAAAGAGGAAUUUGCUCCAAAUAUCGUCAACAGCACCGUUUACAUCAUUUGCAUGGCUUUACAAGUGUCAACAUUCGCCGUCAACUACAAAGGUCAUCCAUUCAUGGAAAGUUUACGAGAAAAUCGCUUGCUUUUGUACUCAAUUCUCACAUCAAGCACCGUAGUAUUAUGCCUUGCACUUGGAAUCGUUCCCGAUUUGCUGCAAACCUUCGAAAUCAUCGAAUUUCCAGAAGAUUUCCGUAAGAUUCUCGUGUUUGUAUUGAUCGCUGAUACAGUGUUAGCGUUCCUCGCUGAUCGUGUUUGUUCAUUUCUUUUUGGAGAAAUUCGGAGUAAGAAUGACGUCACGUGCAACAAUUAAUUUAUUUAUUUAAAGCAAGAACACGAAGUAAAGACCUUAAAAAAAACCAAGGACUGUUUAGGAACAAUUUUCAAAGUUUUUUAUUAAGAUAAAUUAAUAAAUUGAUAGUUUAAAUAAAUUAUAUGAGAAAAAAAAUUAAA